UCUGGAAGGGACCCAUGCCUCCGCCCCUCUGCGGGUUAAACUGGCACAGUGCAGGGGGAGGAAAGCGAGGGCGAUCGGAGCGGAUCCUCUCCUCCCGCCCGCCCCCGACCGCCGGGUACUCCCCUCCCGGGCCCGCCGUGGAGGCAGCCGGCGUGUGCCUGGGGCAGCGGGUCACGAGGCUCCGCCCCGACCGCCGGGCCCGGGGGGGAGGCACUUUGUUCAGGUUGCCGCCUCCCUCCUCAUUGUGGGACUGGGGCCGCCGGCGGCCCUAGUGCGGGGUCCGAGGCCGGAGCGCGCGGCGGACGCUGAGCCUGGUGCGAGGGGCCGAGGCGGCCCGGGGAGCCCCGGGAAACUUUGUGCUCGCGAGGAGCGGACCCCGCACCCGCGCUGCCCUAGGGGAUGCGCGACUCUGCGCGGCGGCGGCGCGGACCCGGAGCCCGAGCGGGCAGGCGCUCCGGACAAUAGCCCACUCUUCCAGCCUCUUGGACAAUGAAUGGGAUGGCCAAUGUGAAUCCCACCAGCCGCCUUCACUACGCCUCCUCCAUCCCAGUGCCUCGUGCGUCUUCCCAGACCAGGAUUCCUACACCGGGUGCUUCUCCCCAGCUGCGACCCCGCCAGGCUGGCCUGGCCCUGAGCCCACAGAGAGCGGCCUCCCCAAGACUGGGAAAGGCUGCAGGUCAUUCUAGAAACUCCUCUCCUAGGGCCUCCCGGGGGAGAGGCUCUCCCAAGGCUGUUGGGGCAGUGAGGGAGUCAGCUGAAGAUGGGGAAGGCCCCUCCAGUUCCCCGUGGAGUAGUCCCAGGACAACGCCGAAAGCAGCCCUCUCCAGCCGGGCUGCACCCAGAAGACUUGGUGAGAGACAAGGCACCCAGGGAAGGAAGAAGAAAGCCCAGGAAGGGCUUCCCGUCCGCCAGACCCGGGGCAGGAGCCCUUCUCGGAUGAACUUUCAUGGAGAAACACAAAUACCAGGGGCUCUAGAAGAUCGGAAGCCUCCAAGCUGCCCAGGAAAAGACCAAAGAGAUAUAAACUACAAAAGUUCUGGGACCCUCAGGUCUUUGGAGCCUGAUGAGGGGGCAGCUUCAUGGGCUUCCUCUCCGGUCAGCAGCCCAGUGCAGGGCAAACGCCCCUCUCCUGCUCCAGGGGCCAUUAGCUUCUCCUCGGUCCAUCAGCAGAGUCAGCCAGUCACAGCCACGGUGGCCCCCUUCCAGUACAGGUUGCAAACUGACCAGGAAACUGGCCCCCUCCCCCAGGGCAGCUGGGCCCUUGAUGGCUACCCUGAGCCCCUCAACGAGACUGAGGAGAGCUUCUCCUGCAUGGACGCGCGGAUCGUCCAUGCGCUCCUCGCGGGCAGAAUGCUGGGCAGCAGCGUCAAGAGCGUGCAGCCCGAGGUGGAGCUGAGCAGCAGCGGCGGCGGCGACGAGGGCGCGGACGAGCCGCGGGGCGCCGGCAGGAAGGCGGCGGCGGCGGACGGCAAAGGCAUGCUGCCCAAGCGCGCCAAGGCGCCGGGCGGCAGCGGCGGCAUGGCCAAGGCCAGCGCGGCUGAGCUGAAGGUCUUCAAGUCCGGCAGUGUGGACAGCCGUGUCCCCGGCGGGCCGCCCGCCUCCAACCUGCGCAAGCAGAAGUCGCUCACCAAUCUCUCUUUUCUCACGGACUCCGAGAAAAAGCUGCAGCUUUAUGAGCCCGAGUGGAGCGACGAUAUGGCCAAGGCGCCCAAAGGCUUAGGCAAGGUGGGGUCCAAGGGCCGUGAAGCUCCGCUGAUGUCCAAGACGCUGUCCAAGUCAGAGCACUCGCUCUUCCAAGCCAAGGGCAGCCCGGCGGGAGGCGCCAAGACCCCCCUGGCUCCGCUCGCGCCCAGCCUGGGAAAGCCGAGCCGGAUCCCUCGAGGACCCUAUGCGGAGGUCAAGCCGCUCAGCAAGGCGCCUGAGGCGGCGGUGAGCGAAGAUGGCAAAUCCGACGACGAGCUGCUCUCCAGCAAGGCCAAGGCGCAAAAGAGCUCCGGGCCCGUCCCUUCCGCCAAGGGCCAGGAGGAGCGCGCCUUCCUCAAGGUGGACCCCGAGCUGGUGGUGACCGUGCUAGGAGACCUGGAGCAGCUGCUCUUCAGCCAGAUGCUGGACCCAGAGUCCCAGAGAAAGAGGACAGUGCAGAAUGUCCUGGAUCUUCGACAGAACCUGGAAGAGACCAUGUCCAGCCUGCGAGGGUCCCAGGUGACUCACAGCUCCCUGGAGAUGACCUGCUACGACAGCGAUGACGCCAACCCACGCAGUGUGUCCAGCCUCUCCAACCGCUCGUCCCCUCUCUCCUGGCGCUAUGGCCAGUCCAGUCCUCGGCUGCAGGCUGGUGACGCGCCCUCUGUGGGUGGGAGCUGCCGCUCGGAGGGGUCGCCCGCCUGGUACAUGCACGGGGAGCGGGCCCACUACUCCCACACCAUGCCCAUGCGCAGCCCCAGCAAGCUCAGCCACAUCUCCCGCCUGGAGCUGGUUGAGUCCCUGGACUCGGAUGAGGUGGACCUCAAGUCCGGCUACAUGAGCGACAGUGACCUCAUGGGCAAGACCAUGACAGAGGAUGACGACAUCACUACCGGCUGGGAUGAAAGCAGCUCCAUCAGCAGUGGACUCAGCGAUGCCUCAGACAAUCUCAGUUCAGAAGAAUUCAAUGCCAGCUCCUCACUCAACUCCCUCCCAACUACUCCUACUGCUUCUCGCAGGAACUCAACAAUAGUGCUACGCACAGACUCAGAGAAGCGCUCACUGGCAGAAAGUGGGCUGAGCUGGUUUAGUGAAUCAGAGGAAAAGGCCCCCAAAAAACUGGAGUACGACAGUGGCAGCCUGAAGAUGGAACCUGGGACGUCUAAGUGGCGGAGGGAGCGGCCCGAGAGCUGUGAUGAUUCAUCCAAGGGCGGAGAACUGAAAAAGCCCAUCAGCCUGGGACACCCUGGUUCCCUGAAGAAGGGCAAGACCCCACCUGUGGCUGUAACUUCCCCCAUCACUCACACAGCCCAGAGUGCCCUCAAAGUCGCAGGCAAACCCGAGGGCAAAGCUACAGACAAGGGUAAGCUUGCAGUAAAGAAUACUGGUCUCCAACGUUCCUCCUCUGAUGCUGGUCGGGACCGCCUGAGUGAUGCUAAGAAGCCCCCCUCGGGCAUUGCUCGCCCCUCCACUUCAGGAUCCUUUGGCUACAAGAAGCCUCCUCCUGCCACAGGCACAGCCACCGUCAUGCAAACCGGUGGUUCAGCCACUCUCAGCAAGAUCCAGAAGUCCUCGGGCAUCCCUGUCAAGCCAGUAAAUGGGCGCAAGACUAGCUUAGAUGUGUCCAACAGUGCAGAGCCAGGAUUCCUGGCUCCCGGAGCCCGUUCCAACAUCCAGUACCGCAGCCUGCCCCGGCCAGCCAAGUCCAGUUCCAUGAGCGUGACCGGCGGGCGGGGGGGACCUCGCCCUGUGAGCAGCAGCAUUGACCCCAGUCUCCUCAGCACCAAGCAGGGAGGCCUUACACCUUCCAGACUGAAGGAGCCUACCAAAGUAGCCAGUGGGCGGACCACUCCAGCCCCUGUCAAUCAGACAGAUCGGGAAAAGGAGAAGGCCAAAGCCAAGGCCGUGGCCUUGGACUCAGACAGCAUCUCCUUGAAGAGUAUUGGCUCCCCGGAAAGUACUCCCAAGAACCAACCAAGCCACCCCACAGCCACCAAGCUGGCAGAGCUGCCACCAACCCCUCUCAGGGCCACAGCGAAGAGCUUUGUCAAACCACCGUCACUAGCCAAUCUAGACAAGGUCAACUCCAACAGUCUGGAUCUACCAUCAUCCAGUGACACCGCCCAUGCUUCAAAGGUCCCAGAUCUGCAUGCUACAAGCUCAGCAUCCGGGGGCCCUCUCCCUUCUUGCUUCACCCCUAGUCCGGCACCCAUCCUCAAUAUUAACUCAGCCAGCUUCUCCCAGGGCCUGGAGCUAAUGAGUGGUUUCAGUGUGCCAAAAGAGACCCGCAUGUACCCCAAACUCUCAGGCCUGCACAGGAGCAUGGAGUCCCUCCAGAUGCCAAUGAGCCUGCCCAGUGCCUUCCCCAGCAGUACUCCCAUCCCCACCCCACCUGCUCCCCCUGCUGCUCCCCCAGAGGAAGAGACGGAAGAGCUGACUUGGAGUGGAAGCCCCAGAGCUGGGCAAUUGGACAGUAAUCAGCGGGAUCGGAAUACUCUUCCCAAGAAAGGGCUCAGGUACCAGCUUCAGUCCCAGGAGGAGACCAAGGAGAGGCGACAUUCCCAUACCAUUGGUGGGCUGCCUGAAUCCGAUGACCAGUCAGAGCUGCCUUCUCCCCCUGCACUCCCCAUGUCUUUGAGUGCAAAGGGCCAACUUACCAACAUAGUGAGUCCCACUGCGGCCACCACGCCAAGAAUCACCCGCUCCAACAGCAUCCCCACCCACGAGGCGGCCUUCGAGCUGUACAGCGGCUCCCAAAUGGGGAGCACCCUGUCCCUGGCCGAGAGACCCAAGGGAAUGAUUCGGUCAGGAUCCUUCCGAGACCCCACGGACGAUGUUCACGGCUCAGUGCUGUCCCUGGCCUCCAGUGCCUCCUCCACCUACUCCUCAGCUGAGGAGAGGAUGCAAUCUGAGCAAAUCCGGAAGCUUCGUAGGGAACUGGAAUCAUCCCAGGAAAAAGUGGCCACCUUGACGUCGCAGCUUUCUGCUAAUGCUAAUCUAGUGGCCGCUUUUGAGCAGAGCCUGGUAAAUAUGACAUCCCGCCUGCGGCACCUGGCAGAGACGGCCGAGGAGAAGGACACUGAGCUGCUGGAUUUGCGAGAAACCAUAGACUUUCUGAAGAAAAAGAACUCUGAGGCCCAGGCAGUCAUCCAGGGAGCCCUUAAUGCCUCAGAAACCACACCCAAAGAACUUCGGAUCAAGAGACAAAACUCCUCAGAUAGUAUCUCAAGCCUCAACAGCAUCACUAGCCAUUCCAGCAUUGGCAGCAGCAAGGAUGCUGAUGCAAAAAAGAAGAAAAAAAAGAGUUGGGUCUAUGAGCUUCGAAGUUCCUUCAACAAAGCCUUCAGUAUAAAAAAGGGGCCCAAGUCAGCUUCCUCAUACUCCGAUAUAGAGGAGAUUGCUACACCUGACUCCUCAGCCCCCUCAUCCCCCAAACUACAGCAUGGUUCUACAGAGACUGCUUCACCCUCCAUCAAGUCCUCCACCUCGUCCUCUGUGGGCACUGAUGUCACUGAGGGUCCUGCUCACCCAGCCCCCAACGCUAGGCUAUUCCAUGCAAAUGAGGAGGAGGAGCCAGAGAAGAAGGAGGUAUCAGAGCUGCGCUCUGAGCUAUGGGAGAAGGAGAUGAAGCUUACAGACAUCCGCCUGGAGGCCCUCAACUCUGCGCACCAGCUGGAUCAGCUUCGGGAGACCAUGCACAACAUGCAGUUGGAAGUGGACCUGCUGAAAGCGGAGAAUGACCGGCUGAAGGUAGCUCCAGGCCCCUCCUCAGGCUCCACUCCAGGGCAGGUCUCUGGAUCAUCUGCAUUAUCCUCCCCACGCCGCUCCCUGGGCCUGGCACUCACCCAUUCCUUCAGCCCCAGUCUUGCAGACACAGACCUGUCGCCCAUGGAUGGCAUCAGUACUUGUGGUCCCAAGGAGGAGGUGACCUUUCGGGUGGUGGUGAGGAUGCCCCCGCAGCACAUCAUCAAAGGGGACUUGAAGCAGCAGGAAUUCUUCCUGGGAUGUAGCAAGGUCAGUGGAAAAGUUGACUGGAAGAUGCUGGAUGAAGCUGUUUUCCAAGUGUUCAAGGACUAUAUUUCUAAGAUGGACCCAGCCUCUACCCUGGGACUAAGCACGGAGUCCAUCCACGGCUACAGCAUCAGCCACGUGAAACGAGUGUUGGAUGCAGAGCCCCCCGAGAUGCCGCCUUGCCGUCGAGGUGUCAAUAACGUAUCAGUCUCCCUCAAAGGUCUGAAGGAGAAAUGCGUCGACAGCCUGGUGUUUGAGACGCUGAUCCCCAAGCCGAUGAUGCAGCACUACAUAAGCCUCCUGCUCAAGCACCGGCGCCUCGUCCUCUCGGGCCCCAGCGGCACGGGCAAGACCUACCUGACCAAUCGCUUGGCCGAGUACCUGGUGGAGCGCUCUGGCCGCGAGGUCACGGAGGGCAUCGUCAGCACCUUCAAUAUGCACCAGCAGUCUCACAAGGAUCUGCAACUGUACCUUUCCAACCUGGCCAACCAGAUAGACCGGGAAACGGGAAUUGGGGAUGUGCCCCUGGUGAUCCUGUUGGAUGACCUGAGUGAAGCAGGUUCCAUCAGUGAGUUGGUCAAUGGGGCCCUCACCUGCAAGUAUCAUAAAUGUCCCUAUAUUAUAGGUACCACCAAUCAGCCUGUAAAAAUGACACCCAACCAUGGCUUGCACUUGAGCUUCAGGAUGUUGACCUUCUCCAACAACGUGGAGCCAGCCAAUGGCUUCCUGGUUCGUUACCUGAGGAGGAAGCUGGUAGAGUCAGACAGCGACAUCAAUGCCAACAAGGAAGAGCUGCUUCGGGUGCUCGACUGGGUACCCAAGCUGUGGUAUCAUCUCCACACCUUCCUUGAGAAGCACAGCACCUCAGACUUCCUCAUCGGCCCUUGCUUCUUUCUGUCCUGUCCCAUUGGCAUUGAGGACUUCCGGACCUGGUUCAUUGACCUGUGGAACAACUCUAUCAUUCCCUAUCUACAGGAAGGAGCCAAGGACGGGAUGAAGGUCCACGGACAGAAAGCCGCUUGGGAGGACCCAGUGGAAUGGGUCCGGGACACACUUCCCUGGCCAUCAGCCCAACAAGACCAAUCAAAGCUGUACCACCUGCCCCCACCCACUGUGGGCCCUCACAGCAUUGCCUCACCUCCUGAGGAUAGGACAGUUAAAGACAGCACCCCAAGUUCUCUGGACUCAGAUCCUCUGAUGGCCAUGCUGCUAAAACUUCAAGAAGCUGCCAACUACAUUGAGUCUCCAGAUCGAGAAACCAUCCUGGACCCCAACCUCCAGGCAACACUCUAAGGGUUCGGCAGUCACUGUCACCCCGGGACAGCAGAACGCUGGCAUCAGCUAUCUUAGCUCUGCCUCUCCCCUUUCUUCUUUCACAGCACUGGCUCUCCAGCCCCAGGAGAACAGGAGGGAGGAGGAGAUGAAAGAGGAGGGACAGGUUCUUGGUGCUGUACCUUUGAGAACUUCCUAGUAAGGACUGGUGGGGGGGGCGUUUGGGAACUUGUGCCCCCUAAACGUAUUUACUGGCCUCCUCUAAUGACUUUGGGGAAAAGAUGAUUCUGGGUCUUUCCCUUGACUUCUUGUUUCAAUUACAAACUCCUGGGCUUUCUGGGGAGGGGUUCCGAAAACAUCGAAACCCUGCAGCAGUUCCUAACUGAUUCUCACAAGCAACCCUGAGAGAGACAGUCAUGUGAGGGGGAUCUGGGAGAGGCAGGAAGCUCCCCAGAUUUUCUCACAGACCCUUCCCAAUUCCAUCACCACUGCCAACAACUCCUCCCCUAGAGAUCUGGCUGGAGCCCAGAAAAAGAAGCAUGUGGUUUAAAAAAUGUUUAAAUCAGUCUGUAAACGGUAAAAACAAAAAACAAAAAGAAGCAAACAAAAAACAAUGGAAAAGAUGAAGCUGGAGAGAGGGGAACCAGUUGCCAAGGCAGAAAGAGAGCUGCCCGCUCCUGCCCUCUGGAUGACGUAGGGGACAUCGGCAAGACAGCUGCCAACCUGAGAGGUCACCACACCACAAAAGUAACAUUACAGCCUUCAGAGAGAGACUACUAGCUAUGUCUUUCUACCCUCUAAUUUAACAUGCAUGAGAGUCAAUAAACCCUACUUUUUUAUUUUUGUUUUUUAACUUUGUUUUCACUUUUUUCUCCUGUUUGCCUAUUUAUUUUUUUUCUUUUUCCUUUUUUUUUUUUUUUUUUGGUUUAAAUUUUUCCAUUUCCUCACAUGUUCAUGAGAUGCUUGGGUUGCUUUUCCAGGGGCUAGUUUGGCUUUUCGAAGGGGGUUUUCUUUGGAGGAUCUGAUGCCAUGCAAUUGGCAUGACACCUGCCAUGCCACUAUCUUUGGCAUCCAUGGGGCUUAUAUGAGACGUGAAGCAUUGGCUCAGAAGUAGAGGGAGCAGAGGAACCCAGUUCCCUUGACUUCCUUUUGAGAAAGCACACGUUCUUCUGGGUAGCUCAAUUGCCAGCCUCUGUCAUGAGAGAGUAUAGCCCCAUCUUGAUAGAAGAGUUACUCUGAAAAAAAAAGAAAAGAAAAGAAAAGAAAAGUUACUCUGAGCUUUAUCAUGGACCAGAGGAAAGCCAAGAAAUUGAAAACAUUCCUCUGCCUUGGGGCCAGUUUGGCCCUUCACUGCACUAUUUUGAUGGUGCCUGACUGAAUCAAAAUAGCCUAGCUGGCUCUUACUAGUUUUAACAAGUGAAUAUUCACGUCUAAGAGACUGAACAUCCAUGUGAGAUCAUCCCAAUCAGAAUAUAAGACUCAAGGAGUUUGACUUGGUGGCCAAUAUCUGCCUUCCAAAGAGAUCCUCCCUUUGCAGAUUGCUCCUUUCCCUUUGCCCCGAAGGUCUGGCAGUCCCUGUUCUUUCAUUUGACAAGUGUUUACCGAGUACUCACUAUGUACAACUCAUUAGGUUAAAAAAACAAAAACACACACACAAGACUUGGGCCCUUAAGUUUACAGUCUAGUAGGAAACAUUAACCUCUAUUAAGCGUACAUCCCCUUGUUAUCUAGACCUUAGGAGCAUCUAAGAAAUGUAGCUGAAACCCAAGGAGCCAGCUAGAAAGAAGCUUUUGAUUAUACAAUCACUGGGGACAGAAGAUCUGGGAUCGAUUAAGAUGGAGCCUGAAGGACUAUGGAAUCUUACUUGUCUGGAGUGAGCAAGUCUGCUUCCUGCCAUUUCUGAAAGCCCUGUGGGACCAGUUUGCAGGCUGAGCUGCCUGGUAGGCUGAAGCUUCAGGGCUCUGCAGGUCAGGGAUAUAUGAUGAGCACAGGCCUACGUGUUUGUUCUUCAGAUUCCUAAGUAGCACAAGACUCUCAGAAUCUAUAGGCAUACCAACCUGGAUCACUGUUCCACCCAACCAAGGAGUAGAUGCACCUGAAUCUUCUUAUCAGUAUAUUUUCAUUUAGGUCCACGAGGUGGUCCAGGCUGCCCCUCACAAAAACUUCUGCAUUCACCUGAUAAGCUCCCAGGGACGACAGGGUUCUGUAUGAUGGAGACUAUUAUUGCUAUUGCUGCUAAUUCCGUGAGCUGUGAAGAUCCCCAACCAACUCAGCUGUAAUAUAUGCAAUUCUGUGGUGGGAAGAGGCUGUGUGUCCAAGGAUGGUGCUGAAAUCACUGCCUUAAGGUCUCUGCUGUGCAGAAUGAGGAGGCCACUGAGCUGGCUGUUCUAACUUAGAAGGAAGAGAAGACUGGAUGGAUGGGCCUGCUUGGGACCCAGGCCUCUUCUAAACCCUGUCCUAAGCUCCAGUUCCAUGGCAGGGCUCAGACUUUUAAUGCCAUCUUAAUUUGAUGGUUGAGCGCUUCACUCUAUUUUCUGGUGCUGCCCAGCCAGUGCCUUCCGCCAUGGAUGUUACUGGCUACUUGAGAAAAAGGAGAGGGGAGGAGCCCUUCUUUCAUUCCAACUGCCUCUGACCCCAAAGGGAUUCUUGGCUCUCUGGUAACCAUGGAUACCACCAUGAAUUUUAUUUGGAUCCUCAGCAGGUUGAUUCUGGAGGCCUCAUGCUAUGACUUUUUCUUUCUCUUCCUGGGCUCCACCACCCUCUGCUCUCGGCUGACUGCUGCAUUUAGCCCGGGUCUCCGAUUGCUUUCCUCCAGAAACUGUGUUCUCCUCUGGUGAGAUGGUAUUGAAGCCUCAGCUUUCCCUCAGGAGUCUGGGACCCUGUUUACAGUUGCGCAUCUGGGCUCUUCACUGUGGGGCUCGAUCAUUCUCAUGAAGGAAUCACAUUUUUGUGGCAACUGCAGAAGGCUGAGCCUCCUCACGGUGCUAUAACCCCUUGGGACGCUCAUCCAGACUUCUCCGAAGCAGAAAACCUGAGCUCCCCACUCACUGCCCUAGAAUUUAUGGCAAGGAGCAAAUCCACAGCAUUCUCUCCCACCUACGUCCUGCUUCUUGGUUGAGACUACCGGGAUCCUUCAGAAAAGAAACACUGGAUCCCAUAGCUAAAUUCUCAACCCUCAGGCACCUUCAGAAGAAUCCAGCCUAAUCCUGGAAGUUGUGCUAUUCUCUUCCUCUCCAGCGUACCCCCCCGCCCCCCCCCCCCCCCACCAACUCCAUCCCUCACCACAGUUGGCUAGGAAAUGACAUGAGUUCAAUAUCUAAUGUCAGCCAAUGGGGAGAGCCAAAACUCCAGGAGAGGCUCCUCAGAUGAGUCCCUUCAUUUCUGGAUGAAGAUGACCAACAAGUUUUGUCCAAUGUAUUUGUAUCUGAGACCCUGCCUAGGCACUAAAAAUAAAAUACUAGGUCAUUGGAGGCUAAUGCGGGACCCGAUGUCUGUGUGUGUGUGUGUGUGUGUGUGUGUGUGUGUGUGUGUGUGUGUCUGUCUCCCUCUCACACACACACGAGCGGUUUGCUGUUGCUGUUUUCCUACCUUCUGAGGCUUCAUAGAGUAUUUUUUAAAAAUCUAUGCUUUGUGGCAGCUCUAAGGUGCUUAUCUCUGUCUUUGUGUAAAUCCUUAAGUACCCAUUUUUUUUUUCAUGUCUAACCAUUGGGAAGGUAGAGGCUGGCCGGGAAGAAGAAUCUGCUACAAGUCCAUGGGAAGACCCUACAAGGAAACCCUUAUUGGUUGGUAUACUGUUUUGAUCUUGAAUUGCCAACCUUCCAACUGAUCUAUCCAUACUCCUUAAGUACUAAAGACAAAAUAGCAGGCGAUUUUUUCCUCUUAAUUUCUUGCCUUCUGGUUUUCUUGCAAGACUAGGACUGUAACUGGACCUAAUCUCACCAUCUCUUCACUUCUAGCUCCCUGAAACAAGGGUCACACUACUCAAAGGGAUAUCCCCUUACAGUGGUCUUAGAAAUAACUCUGAUUUCCUAAAGUAUUCUAAAGAAGUAAGAGGAGAGAAAUGGCAGCCUGCCGUUUCUCACAGACACCUCACAUCCUCACUUGGGGUGGUAUCCACAUAGAAACCCUGCAUUUAGGUAAAAUUUGCCUGACCGAAGGGGACUCGGUCCUCCAAAUUAGGAUCAAAGAGAUAUCUACAUGAAACCUUAAGAAUACUUUAUUGCAGUGUAUUGGGGGGAGGGGGAUUGGCCUAAUCACACACUGAACACAGGGAGUAAGUGCUGAGGUGACCCAGAUCACCAAACGCAGUUCCUCCUCGUACUUGGUUUUUGCUUUCUUUAUUCCUUGACACUGGCUAAGCUAAAGUUAAGAAGCAGAUUUCAUAAGCCAAGCCCAGUGAUGGGAUGGGAAAAUGGGCUUUUGCAGAGGGUUUAUUCAUAAAGAUGGAUAUACUGCUCACAAGGUCUGGCUUAUGGCUCCACUGAUUAGUCCAUAGUAAUAAAAUGGUCUUUACCAACACUGUUCCCCAAAGGCCAAAGUCCGAUGAUACUGCCCCUUACAAUCCAGUCAGCCUUAUGUUUUAAUGAGUCCUGAAUCAACCUGACUCUGGAUAUAUGGGGCCACCAGCUUGACACUCCCCACUGCCCAGGGUGCAUGCCUGCUCAGCCUAGCUCUGGAAGCCAGCACUGCUGGCCACAGAUGCUGGCAAAGGUGGUAGUGAAUUGGGAGAUGUAGCCUUGAAGGGAGGACAGCUAUCAAAAUGCCAAAGCUGCGGGGACAGGAAGACAGUUGAAAGUUAAACAGAUGUAUUCUACAUCCUUCCAGAUUGAUGGUUUGAAAUUAAACCUACGUAGACUAGAUCCCUCCGGUAUGCUGGAUCUUCUUAACGAUUACACGGUGGAGAAUUUUCUGUGACAAGGGUGGUCAUGGAAGUGCGUGAGUGACCCCAGGUUUCUCAUUCCUUAAAGCAGUGGUUCUCAAAGUAUGGCACGAGACCAGCAGCAUUUGGGAACUUGUUAGAAACAAAAUUCCGAAUCCCAUGUCAGAGCUGCUGAAUCAGAAACUCUAUAGUGAGCGGAAUUAGCAACCCAUCAACUCCUGGUGAUACAAUGCACACAAAAUUCAGCUGUUUCAAAGGGAAAGCCCUUUAGAGUAUUGGAGUUCCCACACUGAGAAGCUUUAGGGCCCCAAAUAAGAAGGUUCUAGAUUAUGAUUCAGACUUUAACGUUAACUUCAAGGUCGCCUUUCUCAUGCUUUCUUGUGUUUCUGUUCUUCCAUUUAUUUUAACAAAGAAAGUUAUGUGUGCUUUUGUGUGGAAGUCAGGAAAAUGUUUACACCUUUCCUAGUUGAAAACCUUCAGAGAAAAAUCUUAACGCCUCGGAAAUUUCUACCUGGCACACUAAGGGGCUUCAACAAGGAAAGCAGUUGGAGGUCUCUUCCAGAUUGCUCUUCUGCCAAAUUAUUUGUAUCUAUUCUGAGCUGAUUAUGUAAUAGAAU